AUGAACGGUGUAAAGUGGUUAUUGUUCAUGUGCAUAGCGUUCCUUCACGGGUACGUGUGGUGCAGGACGAUAUUUUUGGAAGUGAAUUCACCUACGCUCGAGGAGUUGGGCUUCAUGAGGAGGUAUGGCUAUCUGCCAGAAGAGCAGGGCGACUUUGACUUUGCCUACACGCCGCACUCCAUCUCCGAGGCCGUGAAGAAGAUGCAGCUGUUUGCUGGUCUCCCGCCGACUGGCAAUCUAGACCCGGUGACAAGGAGCUUUUUUAAGAAAAAACGCUGCGGUGUCAAAGAUAUAUCAUCCCCGUCAAGGAACCGCAGAUAUAUCCUACAACAGGGAUGGGGAAAGAAGAUCAUAAGCUAUAGAGUGCUUAACGGUUCGAGCACGUUGGACAAGGAGCGAGUCAGGACAUUGAUGGCAGACGGACUAGCGGUGUGGGCGCCACACGGCGGUCUUCGUUUCCAGCAGCAGGACGACGGGCAUGCAGACAUACAGGUGUCGUUCGCCAGCAGGGAUCAUGGAGACGGGUUUCCUUUUGACGGGCCAGGUCACGUGGUGGCCCACGCGUUCCCGCCUCCCCACGGCGCGAUGCACUUCGACGACGACGAGCUCUGGGGCGACGGGACCAGCGACGACACCGACGAUGACAUCACCGACUUCUUCGCAGUCGCCGUCCACGAGAUCGGCCACGCGCUGGGCCUGUCCCACUCGAACGUCAAAUCGUCGGUCAUGUACCCCUAUUAUCAAGUUCCUGUCGAGAAACUGCAUAUGGAUGACAUAUUGGGAAUGCAGGAGCUUUAUCUAAAAGAUGAGCUGCCAUCAUCGGCGGAGAGCACGGAGAGUCCGAGCCAGUCGCGCUCGUCCCUGGCUCCGCACUUCACCAAGGCUGACUACAGCGACGAGGAGGAUCUACCCGACCUCUGCUUCACUAAUUAUGAUACCAUACAAGUCAUACAGGGCAAAAUAUACGUCUUUGAAGAGGAGUGGGUGUGGGUGCUGUCGGAGCGGCAGCGAAUCGACCCAGGCUUCCCGCGCCGCUUCCACGACGUCUUCAUCGGCCUGCCCAAGCACGUGACCAGCAUCAAGACCGUCUACGAAAAACGCAACGGAAACAUUGCUGUGUUUUCAGGCCGAGUGUACUGGGAGUUCAGUUCAACGUUCCGUCUCCUGCGUCGUGGGAAGCUAUCAGACUACGGUCUACCGCGUUAUUUGCCUGGACUUUCCACCGUCUUCGUUUCCAACUACAACAACAAGACCUACCUUAUUGAACACGAGCGCUACUGGCGCUAUGACGAGGAUCGUGGCAGGAUGGACCCCGGUUACCCGAAAGAGAUGUCCGCGUGGCGGCUCGUACCGUAUCCCGUGGACGCUGCCAUUAUUUGGCAAGGAGAUACAUAUUUCUUCCAUGGGCCUCGAUUUUGGCGAUUCGAUAACGAGUUGGUGCAGGCCCAUAGGUAUUACCCGCUGCCAACUGCGCAGAUCUGGUUUCCCUGCGAGCCCACGCCGGAGAUGGGCAAAUACGUUACCAACGAUGAACCAUGA